AUGGGCAAUAAACAAUCUAACCAUCAUCAUCACCAACAACAACAACAGUCUUCUUCCACGAGCACCUUCACACCAACAACUAUUCCGGUUUCUAAUGAAGAGGCCUACAGAAGAGAAAUGGAAAUUUGUAGACAAUACGAAAUUGAAAGUAAGAUGAGAGAAAUGCAUGAAGCCAAGUUUCAUCAAUAUUCGGAAAAUAAGGAGCCAGCAUUGCAAAAUCUUCAAUUGGUAUUAAUAAUUGAUCACUCUGGAUCAAUGGGUUCUUUUGAUGAGGAUGCAACAGGUCAAAAUCGUUCCAAGGGCUUGGUUGAUUCUAAUCAUUGGACACGUUAUGAUAAUGUUAUUCAAGCAGCUAAAUAUCUUUCUGAAAGUAUAUUACAAUAUGAUAAGGAUGGAAAGGUACCACUUAUUUUCUUUGAUUCAAAUGUUAGAGAAGUGAUUGUUGACAGUAUUCCAAGAUUAGUUGCUGCAUUUGAAAAAAAUCAACCAAAUUCAAGUACCAAUUUAUUAGGAGCUCUUGAAUUAGCAUUUAAAAAUCAUGUCAAUGAUCAUGAAAAUGUAUUAUUUAUUGUUUUCACAGAUGGUAGUCCUAACGGAGAAUCGUAUCCAAAAGCUCCAAGAGGAAAACUACAAUUCCCAUCUAGAGAUGUGUAA